AUGAGACGAAUAUUAGAACAUUCACCACGAAAAUCGAAUAAGAGACGGCGAUCAAGCUCAGAGGACAGAGUGUUUUUAAACCGACAAAAAAUUCAUGAAUCUGAGAAUCCUGCAGUAUCCUCUUCAGGAGAGUUUGAUUUUUUAGAUUAUAAGCGAGAAAUAAAUAAAAUAUUUGCUUAUAGUAGAGAUACAAAUACAGUAACGAAUAAUUUGGACGACUUUUGGGUGUUUGUAAAAAAGUACCAAGCUACUUUGAGGAAAGCUGGAAAACCUGUAUUCUGCAUUGAAAAUGAAGACCGCACAACAAACGACUUAGGAAUUCCGUCAAAUUUUUCAAAAUUCAAUUGCAUUAAUUUUAGCACCAAUAUAAAGUUUAUGGACAGUGUUUGCGAUGAAAAAGGAAGAAAGAAACUUACCAAAAGUAUAUUUGAUGCUCUUUUAAAUGUUGUGUCAAUUUACUUAGAUUUUAAGAAUAAGGAGAAACUAGAGAAGUUAAAGAAGUUAAGGCAAACACAAAGAGAUUUACCAGUUGCAAAAUAUAGAGAAGAAAUACAAGCUGCAGUAAAAAAUGAGAGAGUUAUCAUAGUUGCCGGUGACACUGGUUGUGGAAAAUCAACUCAAGUUCCUCAAUACUUGCAUGAUGCUGGCUUUCAAAAUAUAGCAUGUACUCAACCAAGAAGAAUUGCUUGUGUAUCAUUAUCAAAGCGGGUAGCCUUUGAAACUCUUACACAGUUUGAAAGCAAAGUAGGCUAUCAAAUAAGAUUUGAAAAGAGCAAAUCAGCUGAUACUAAAAUAUGUUUCAUUACAGAGGGACUAUUGUUAAGACAGAUGUCUUCAGAAAAUCUACCAAACUACGAUGUUAUAAUAUUAGACGAGAUUCAUGAGAGACACUUGAUGGGAGACUUUCUGCUUGGUGUACUUAAGUGCCUUAUACACACACGUAAUGAUAUAAAGCUAGUACUCAUGUCUGCUACAAUUAACAUUAAGCUAUUCGAAGAUUAUUUCGCCGCGGAAUCCGCUGUUGUCAUUCAAGUACCAGGAAGAUUAUAUCCAAUUGAUUUACAUUACAAACCAAUCUAUAUAGAAGACAAACCAACAAGAGAUGACAGGCUCGAUCCUCAGCCUUAUGUUCAAAUUAUGCAAUUAAUUGACAGCAAAUAUCCAAGUGAUGAAAGAGGUGAUCUGUUAAUAUUUAUGUCGGGUGUGCAAGAAAUCACAUCAAUAUGUGAUGCAGCACAACAGUAUGCGGAGAAAACUAAGAAAUGGAUUGUGCUACCUCUUCACAGUGGCCUUUCACUUAAUGAACAAGAUAAAGUGUUUGAUUACCCGCCUGAAGGUGUAAGGAAAUGCAUAGUUUCAACCAACAUAGCGGAAACGUCUGUGACUAUUGAUGGAAUUAGAUUUGUCGUGGAUUCAGGCAAGGUUAAAGAAAUGAGCUACGAUUCAUCAACAAAAAUGCAAAGAUUAAAAGAGUUCUGGAUAUCAAAAGCCAGCGCUGAUCAAAGAAAAGGCAGAGCCGGAAGAACUGGUCCUGGUGUAUGUUAUCGUAUAUACUCAGAGCAACAAUACACAGACAUGGAAGCGUUCAGUACUCCAGAAGUGAGUCGGGUACCUCUCGCCUCAUUGUUACUACUGAUGAGUUCCUUAGGUGUCAAUGACGUACGUCGCUUCCCCUUCCUUGACACCCCGCCUGAAGAUGCCAUUGAAAACGCGUUAUUGGAACUUAAACAACAUGCGGCAUUAUCCUCAAAUGAGAAGUUAACUUCGCUGGGCAAAGCAUUAGCUAACUUGCCCGUUGAAGUGGCUCUAGCUAAGGCGCUUGUGAUCGGCAGCGCGACUCUGCCCCCGCACAAGAGGGACUCCGCCCUCGCGCUCACUGCGGCCCUAGGAAUAAGAUCUAUAUUUACCACUAGAGCGCAUAGAGAUUUUGAAUGUGAGAAUGCAAGAAAACCAGACGAAUCAGACCACGGGGACCCUUUAACCCUUCUGUCGCUGUACUGCGCGUGGCUAACAGUGAAAGCAGAGGGCCGCGGAGGCCGCGACUGGUGUCGACGUAGAGGUAUUGAAGAGCAACGCUUCUAUGAACUCACCAAGUUAGCUGCGCAACUACGCGGCUUAUUACAAGAUAACAAUUUAAUGGAAUCAGUAGAACCUGAAUCAAUGUCAUCAGCGGAGCGCGCGAUGCGACACGGACAGAUGAAGCAAUUAAAAGAUAUGAGAAGACAAUACAAACAAAAGGCAGCAGAGGAAUCUAAACGUAAGAAACGUCUCAAAGUGGAUUCUUGGGAGAUCGUAGAUGACAAGGCGGAAGAUGACAAUGUAUUAGACAUACGUGACAUUGAGUUCCGUAUGACAAAUGACGCACAACGAAUCCGGGCUUUGAUAUCUGGAUCUAGUGCUUCAAGUGGACGAGAUCUUAUCAUGUUAAAGAUAGUACUGUGUAGAGCUUUAUAUCCACAAGUGGCUAUAGCAGAUGAAUUCAAUCAUUGCAAGUCAGUAUCAGAUCAACUUUACCAUACAUAUAGCAAGCCGUUUGUCUUCCUGCACCCUACAUCUUACUUCGGUAAGAAUGGUAGGAUACUGCAGCUGACUGAGGGAGACAUACAGACAGACACACCGCCUGGUUAUAAGAGCAAGUUACCGUUGUCUGCGAGACAUCAACUUUUAUGUUAUCUCUCCCUACUGGAGACAACAAAGCCGUACAUAGUGAACUCAAUGCGCAUGCCGGCUGCGCAGACUUUACUACUGCUCUCACAUUCUAUUGAUACUAAUAGUGGAUUUACUAGACUAGUAUGCGAUUCCUGGUUAUUACUUGAAUUCCCAUAUCCAGAGACGGGAUUGAACCUGUUAUUGAAAGCGAUAAAGCUACGACGACGUUGGGAUACUCUCAUCAAUAGAAGACUACUAGAUGCAAAUCCAAUUAAAUCUGUAGAAACAGAGUUGGAAAAAACAAAAAUGUCAAAGAAAAGUUCUUACGGUGAACUACAGCAUGAUCUAUCUUGUGAUAUAAGUUCGUAUAUGAACAGCGAUGUAUAUUAUACAAUCAAACGACUUCUUCCUGGUGAUUUAAAAGUAUUAUAUUAUGGUGCUGAUGAAGCUCAUGCGACUAUCGACCCUAAUCCAUUUGAAGAAGGCUUCGAAUGCCGUGCACACGAGAAGAAAGGUGGAAUUUAUGUUACUGAUAAUGUGGUAUAUAAUUGCGUGGUAGAUGCAGAUUGGAGUUACAAUAGUUAUCAAGAAUUGUACGGAAUUCCUUGGACAUGUCCUGAUUGCGAUAUAUCUCUUUGUUUAUCUCCUUUAGAACGGUUACAGCAUAAGCAAUUCAUGUGUUCCUCAAGAACGGAAGAGAAGAAAGUCGACGUUAAAACAACGCCACGCGAAAAUAAACCUAAUGCAAAAGAAUAUAAAUGCGAAAAUUGUAAUGAAGUAUUGUAUAUGACGCCUGUUGAAAUAUUAAAACAUAGAAAGACUUGUAAAAGUGAAAAAUAA